ACGGCUCAAGUCCUGGGCUGCACGUUGUAUGUGCUUGGCCAGUAAGCGGACAAUACGGACCGGGUUCAAGAGUGCUUNNUACUAUGUUCUCGUCGUUCUAUGUGUUUUCGCGAAGAAGGCAGAUUGGAUAAAGAAUGCUUGUCUGGCUGCUGUUCUACUUUUUCCGGCGGUUGCUGCUCUCCAUGGUAUCACACUUGCAGCUCUACAUGUUGAUGAUAUGGACAUAUAUGGAGCUUUCCAGUUAUGCUCUCUGGGUAUUCUAGCAGCACCAGCGACCGUCAAAAACUCACGGACAUAUUUCCUGGAUCCCGGUCGAAACAUCAUCUUUCUCUGGACUGUCCUUAUCCUUUCUGGUAGGAAUACACAUCCUNGUCUACUGAGCCUGGCUGUCGAGUUCUUUCGCACCAAGACGCAGGUCUGCAAGUCAAACACUGGAAGUCUUGUAUCCCUCACGAACUUCAACUAUGGGGUAACCGACUGUGGUUUGGUCUGUACUGUCGAAUCGGGUCCGAAAUCUCCGAUGCGCAGAGAUGCAGCAAACAACAUCUAUGUGAUACCUGCACCAACUCGACUAACCUUCGGCACUGUGACACUGCUCUGCGCUGCAUGUUGUAUUCCGGCUAUCCUAACGCUCAUAUCCAUGUGGAACAAAAUCCUCGAGAUCAACUGGAAGUCACGCCAUGGAAGAGAAACUGAGAAGGACCCAGAAGAAAAGAAGGUGAAGGAUAUUAACAGUCUCAUCAAGCGCUUGUUGAACGUCAUCGAAGCCCCGUUAUUCGGUGUCGCGGUAGUGGUCAUUCUCAUCCUCGGCGAGAUCAAUCUGUUCAGUCGACAAGUCAGAUUCCAGACAGAACCUAUUGCCAGUAUCGGUCAAUGGGCACCAAUCGUUGGAACAGGACUCGCCAUGAUGGGAUCUCUCGUCGUAUAUGUGACAUCGACAUCUGCUGAAUCUGAGACUGAGUCCGUCACUGGCCAGCCUCAUGAUGGCACAGACGAAAACUCCAUCUCUAGUUCAUCUCGUCCUGAAAGCGUUCGCCCAGAUACUCAUGACUCUACUCACAGCAGGAUGAAGUCCAACGCUUUGACACAUGUCAACACAGCUGGUACCGGUCUGACAGACAGACCGGCAGAUAGAGGAGGACGACGUAAAGUGUCCGAUUUCUUGCACAAGGUCGGCGAUUACAUGGGCACCCCUGGUAAGGGUCGUUUCGACAAUCCGUCUUCAAGGCGCGACUACCACAACUAUCCAACAAUUCCUGGUCAAGAAUUUCGAGACGGGGAUCUGACGAGCACGGAGCGACGAUAUACUUCAGGACGCCUAUCAAGAUCAGCUAGUCGUGCUUCAGAUAUGCGGAUUGCUAUUCCAUCUUCAGACGAUCAUACACAUCGGCGGUCACGGUCUGACUCAAUGGGAGCAAGAUCGAUCGACAUCCAAGAUCCUGUCUCGCCCCUCGCAUAUGCAACUCCAGCAAUAACGACUCGUGAUCGAAGUAAUACUCUGGAGGUACCUACCCCAGCUCACUUAUCCACCCGA